AUGGAUCAGUCAGUCAAAGCUAUUCGUUAUUAUGAAAAUCUAUUAGAAGAAGCAAAAGAUGAUGAAAACAGUUUUAUCGCUCUUUUUGGAUUAGUAAUUGCUUGUCUAAAUAACGAACAAGUUGAACAAGCAAAUGAAUAUAUACAUCGUUGCUGUAAACUAUAUGAAAGAAGUAUUGCUCAUAAGCAAAAUAGACCUGAACUUGCCAUCCAUUAUUUUACAGAAAUCUUAAAAAUUGUACCGGAAGAUGAUACGGAUAUGAUAUCAAUUGCUAAUACUAAUUUAGCAAGUAUUUAUUAUUCACAGGAUAAUACAGGAAUGAGUUUACAACAUCUUCAACACGCUUUACAAUUAGAUAAAGUAUUGUAUUCAACAGAUGAUCUUCACAUAGCUACUGAUAAUUUUAAUAUUGCAUUAACUCAUAUUGGAUUAGCAGAAACUAAUUUUGGAUUAAAAAAUUUUAAUCAAUCUAUUGAUCAUUGGAAAAAUGGUUUAGUAAUAAUUGAGAAAGAACGAUUGUGUAACAGUACAGAACAAGCAAUAAUACAUGAGAAUAUUGCCGCAUGUUAUAGCAACAUGAAUGACUUUACGCAUGCAUUGUGGCACUGUGAUCAAUCUCUAUUAUUACAUCAAGAACAUCAUUCAACAAGAAAUUUAUUUAAUUUGUAUUUUACAUAUGGUAAUGUUUAUCAUGGAAUUAAUGAAUUUGAUAAAGCAAUUGAAAGUUUUAUUGUGUCAUUAACUUUAAUUGAUGAUAAUAAUGAAAGAAAGAUUUCUCAAAUUUAUGAAAAUAUUUCCGAAUGUUAUGUAAUAAUGGAUGAACAUUCAUUAGCAAUUACAUAUUUAGAAAAAUCAUUAGCAAUACAAGAGAAAUUAGAUCCAAUGAAUGAAAUUAUAAUUGUUAAUAUAUGCAAUAAUAUAGCAAUAUCUUAUUGUUCACUGCAGAAAUACAAUCUAGCUCUUGAAUAUUGUACGAAAUCCAAAGAAUAUUAUGAAAAAUGUUCUUGUGAUAAUAUGGAAGAAUAUGGUGUUACUUUAGGCUGCUCACCUAUAGCUGUAAAGUAUGAAAUUUUAGCUAAUAUUUAUUUUGAUAGGGAAGAUCAAACAACAGCUUUUGACUAUUAUUAUAAAGCUCUUGAUAUUAUCAAGUCAAGGUUGCCAGUUGAUCAACAAGCAUUAGCACGCGUUCAAAAAUUAUUAAAUCGAAUAAAUGAAGUAGAAUUUUAA